UAUUCGCAAAGAUAGCGUAUGUGCCUAUUGUUCAGUUUCGCGUUAUGGUAUAAUUUUUUUUAACUGAGAAUGAAGAAAAUACUUGGAAUCAGUAGUACAUAUACAGGCGUUCCAUAGUAUGAUACGGCGUAAUUAAAGGCCACGUAAAAUCCAGAGUCGAGGAACUCACAAUUGCUUAUUGGAAAACCUAUGAAUGCAAAGAAAGUAGGAAUAGACACGGGGAAGGAUUCUAUGACAAAAUGAAGCUUAAAUCUUGUAGUGAUGCCAUGUAGUACCAUCUGUCUACCAUAUUUAUGUUAGACGGCCAAAGUUGGUCAUCCCGUUUUUGAGAAAGAUAGGCAAUUUUCUCGACUAUUUGUUGGUAUGGCUAUCAGAACAAUUUUUUAGACCCCCGAUAUAGUACCGAAGUUUGACCUUGUGUAAGGAAAGUCUUGAGGAAGUUUUGAGAUCUUUAUCAAGUCAAGGUAGGCUUCCAUUAAAAAAUACUCUUUUUACUUUUCUCUUUAUCUUUUUCUAUUGUGAUUUUAUAUUUAUUAGUUUUACUUUGGUUUUUAUCAUAUAGACGCAUAAACGAUUUAUGAUUCUGAAGUAACGAUGAUGUGGUAUAAAAAUAAUUAAAAGUUUGACCACAAAAUUGGGAUACGGAAGUGGAUUUUGUUUAGCCUUGAAACAUACUAUUAUCAUCUAUCAAAGAAUACACUCAGCCUUGUUUUAUCUGUAUGGCAUGUAUAUAUGAUAUAUUUGCUCUUCUCUGUCAGUAUUGAAGCUUUCAGCAUCAUUUCUAGCCGCAAAACUGAAAACUUCAGUCGCUCUGUAUACGACACUGCUUUUUACGGUUAUACGUUUUUGUUUAUUCUAUCUCUAGUUUCUAAAUUUAGUAAAUUAUUACGCUUGAACUGCAAAUUUCACUUCACAUAUUAUAUUUGCGUGUAAAAGAAUAUAUCCGCGUUUACUUCAUGCCUACGAAACAAGAAUUUUUUUCUAACGACAUUGCUGGUUUUUGCGUUUAUACAAACCGUCUCGACGAGACGAGUCUCAGUUUAACUGCUUUGGCUAGAGAAAUCUAUGCCGCUAAUUUAGAUGGUAUCUUAUAUAUGAUAAAACAGAGAAAAGUGAAGUGAACUAUGUUAACUACAAUUAUCCUAGUAUGCUCCAAUGCGUGUAUGCUGAAAAAUAAUUCCCGACCACGUUUUCGUGAGUCAUCCUUAAUUAGUUUCAUACCCAAUAAACAAAAACAACACCUCAAAAACUCUCUGAUGGUAACUGUGAGCACAGUUCAUAAAAUCAUGAAAAUAUUUCUACGGUCAAGCAAUACUUGCUGAUUCUGUAGGUAAAACUACUGUGAUUAAUCACAUACAUUAUAAAAUAUCGUAAUCGAUAAAUAUAUAUAUAUAUAUAUAUAUAUAUAUAGUUAUAUCGUUAGUGUAUAUGGGAAGAUGCAACAGUAGGUCAUAUAUUCCUGGAAUGCUAGAUGCGCUUACUAUACGAUGUAUAUUAAAACAAGAUUUGUUACUUUUUUAAAAGAUCAAAUAAAACACGCAAAGUUUGGGCGCACAGAUAUACAUAUCACAUUAAAUAAUUGGCUUUGAACAAUUCCGUGGUUUAACAGUAGUCAUUUCGUUUCUGUUGCGUUUAAUAAUACCUGAUAACUAUUUGUGAAAAACUCUGUUAAAAAAAAUCGGAACUAAAAGAUAAUGCACUGUGAAUUUGUUUCGCAUUUAAAAGCGGCGUUACCACGUUUGCAGACGAAAACUGGGUUGAGUACUAUCAUUUCCUUAUCGUAAAAUUGUUCAAGGUUAUACUUGUAGUUAUCAAAUAUAAUUUUAUUUGACCAAUUGGUAUUGAUAACGGCCACGAGAAUAUUUAGAUAAAAUUUUGGCAUUCGUCGCAAAGACGCUGCUUAUUAGAUGAACAAUAUAUAUGCGCAACCUCGACUCGCACUUAAUUUUAUCUCCGUGUCGAGGUGUAAGCUUUCGUGUAGCAGACGGAAAAAAGACAGCACAGUCGAUCUGGUUGAUUCGAUGUUCUGUUGUAGCAGUGGCAUAAAUUCAAAAUAUCAACAACGCUAUCUGAGAUAUUGGAACUUCUUCCUAUUUGAGCCAUUGCCGCGGAGAAAAAAGUGGUCAGGGAACGAGGCAAUCAUUUGAAGUCGAGUUAAGUUCAGUUAUUUUUGUUGGGUUUUCUCCACGGAGAUUUUAGCUCAAGACAACAUGUUCGAUUAUCCGACCGACUGGGACGAUGACGAACGGAUGGCCUUUCUGUUUCGGGAUUUUCGACCGAGGGAAGCGAACCCGUUGGGUUAUGACGAGAAGAUGUUAUUUUGGAAAAAACUAGUCACUAGUUUUACUGGGCAACGCCGGGAGGCUAUCUUUAAUGUACAGUCGUUAACGGAAAGUUUCACCCGGAAGAAUUCCCAACCAGUUUGUCUAAUGCGGGUAAUCGAGGCGUUACGACAAGAUGGUGUUAUAGUCCCAAGAAAACCAGCCGGCUGGAUGUCCUGGAUGUCAAGUUGGUUAUUUACACCAGCACACACAGCUGAGGAUGAGGUAUUCAUUAACGUGAAGGCUGUCGAAGAAGCUAGACAAGAUGUACAGAUGGCGAUCAAAGCAAGGGGUUACCGUGAAACCAGAGUGUCAUUCCGUGAUGUGUGGAGUACUUGUCGCGAAGCAUGCGAUGGAAGUCAGGAUUUGUUUUAUGUAGUUCUAGAAAAGCUAGGGAAAAUAUCAAUUAAAGAUAAUUUCGUUGACUUUUCACAUAGAUCGGAUCUUAUUAAACCGUUAACUGAACAUGAAAAGGCUCUCAUGCAAGUCCGCGAAACCGUACCCAAGAUUCAGCAGAAAAUUGAUCAGCUUAUUUCAAAAGAAGAAAGCUUUAGAAACAACGCGAUCCGUCUAAAGAAAGAAGGUUUCUCAAUAAAGGCUAUCGGAGAACUGCGGCGAGCCAAAGUAGUUACACGGCAGUUGGACAAGCUCUAUGGGGUCCUCGACAAUCUUCAUCAGAUGGAAACCGAUCUAGAGAAUCAGAGAGAUUUCCCCGCCAUUCUUGAUAGUUACAAAAUGGCUACGUCUGCUCUGAGGACCGCAAAUAGUGAUGUCGAUAAGGUGCACGACAUCGUGGACGAAAUGGCUGAUGCCGCUGCGGAGCAGCAGGAAAUUCAGGAAAGUGUCGCGACUGGAGCCACCACGUUCAGCAAGGCUGACGAAGACGACCUUGAAGAGGAACUUCAAAGGAUCCUCCAAGAAGAGUCAGAACAAGAAAUACUGCCUGCCUUCCCAUCUGUGCCAAAUGAACCUCUUGCUUCGGAGGAUUCAACAGCUGUUACCGCGAAAACAAAGGAUGUCGAAAACUCUGUUGACGAGAUUGCCGCUAAAAAACGAGUUCGGCUGGGGUAUUUUGAAUAGAAUCCAAUUAUAGUAGUAAUAUUCUAAAGAAAUUUCUUCACAAAUCUUGAACAAAAUCAAAUAUUUAUCAGUUUAGUUUCUUUGAAAUUGAAGCUGCCUUGAACUGGUUUUUGAGAGGGCAUAGUUUCACCGUUUUGAGAAAUUUUGGUGAUAAUUUGAAGUGUAUACACAUGGACGUAAAAUCUGUAUAAAUGAAGCGUAGCACAAAUAGUGUAUGUGUCAGGAAGCAAGACGAGAAAAAAACUGUGACUGUACGGUAUUUUGCUGGAGCUGAAACAGUAUAAAUGUAUUCCAGUAGUCAAUUUUCCAUGUGACUGCGGUGUGUAAGUUAAAACCUAAAACGAAAAAUAAAAAGGUAUAGAAAGUGAAGAAGCAAAUGGAAGGAAAAGACAGAAAUGACGAAAAAACUAUAGGAUUUAAUUCGGUAGAACAUUAAAAAGCUAUAAAGUUCUAUGUAGUCCUUAUGUAAAAUAUUUAUUAAGUAGAUAGAAUAUUUAUUAUAACUGCGGUAGUAGUGAGAUUGAUGUACAUAAAUAAAGAAUGCGUACGCGUAUCGUAUGGACAAAACUGGGUGUGGAUAUUGUGAAUAAACUUAUUCACUUACACCUUUCGUGAUGAAUUCUUAGCAUACGCGUCUUGACGGACUUGGCUAUCAUGCAUACAAAGGCUACGACGCAACAUAAAGGGACCAGUAAAUUCGUUUGUUGAUAAUUUUUUUUGUAUGUUAACUCUUGUGCUGGAAGUUUAAUACUAAACGAAUUUAGUUUUACUAUGUUGUCGCUGACUGACAUUGACGCAAUGGUACUAAAGUUUAAAGGUUAAAUAUGUUUGGGAAAAAUCAAGACGAAACAUUGUUUUUGCAUCGAAUUAGUUCUAAGGGCAGAUAGAUUUUGGUUGCGCUUUUUAUUUACAUAUGAAAAUCAAGUAUCUAAUUUAACGUUCCCAGACACUAGCUAAAGGUUUAACUAAAAAAGCUAAUAUAAUAAGACUAUAUAGCGUGAAUGUUGAUAUGUUUUGUAUGAUGCUUACAUAUGACCUGCUACUUUGCAAUACUUGUUCAAAUAUUUUAGUAUCACAAUUUUCUUAUAAUACGCAGGAAUUUAGUAUCAACUUUAUGCUAAACUUUACAUAAUAACGCAACUUUCCUUUACAAUACUCGACUUAACUAAAAAACCUCACUAUUUAGGUGCAGCUCGUAUGGCGUCUGGUCAAUGAACCGAAAGAUAUGCAUUGUGUGUUAUUAACCUAAAUGUUAACAAAGCAACCAUUUAUUUUAUAGAAGUACAGUCCUUAAAUUACUACUCACAACUCCUACUAGAAAUAAAGUAUGUAUUUUCAACAAAAAUCUCUUUGAUGACUUCAAAGGCCGUGUAGCGAGGAUAUUAAAAUUCUAAUGCACAAACUGCAAAAACUGUUUUGUGUCUUGUUUUAUCUAAAAUCGAGUUUCUUUGAUGGGGAUUUAUUAGGGAGUUUCAAGAAUCUAACUCUACUUUUCUAUUAAAUUUAUCGUUUGUCGUUGAUCUAUGUGACUUGACAGAUAGGAGUCCAAAAGAUAUUACCAAUAAGCAUUGAACUUUUUAGACAUAUAAGGACAAUUCAUAUACUUUUGGUGGCGGGUGCCAUGU